UGCGUAGCCUAUCCUAUCAAAUUGUUAUAGUAGCUUUGAUUUUGUCAAGUCUUGGCUUCCUUGUACCAAGAAAGACAUUUCUCCUCUUAGUCCUCUAUAUAGGUUUGUUCCUAUUUUGUCUCAUUUUUCUCAAAACAUUGCAGUGCUACGCUUGCUUGCCCUGAUUCACAAUCAGAAUUCAGAAGCCAUGGAGGAACUUAUCAUAUCUCCAUCUUCAUCUUCUUCUCUAGUCCCUUCAUCCCAAGAAAUCCCACCCACUCUCCAACAGAAGCUCCAAUUCUUGCUCCAAAGCCAGCCUGACUGGUGGACCUAUGCUAUAUUCUGGCAAACAUCAAAUGAUGAAACUGGCCGCAUCUUCCUCUCCUUUGCAGAUGGCCAUUUCCAAGGCACCACAGAUUCAUCCCCAAAACUAACCACCAUCAACAACCACCGCGAACAGCGCAUUCCAACCUUCAACUCCGAGAGGAAAAGAGUCGUCAAGGGAAUCCAAGCUCUCAUCGGCGAAAGCCAUGACAUAGAUGUGUCCAUGAUGGACAACAGCGAUGUCAAUGACGUUGAAUGGUUCUAUGUGAUGUCCCUCACUCGAUCUUUCUUCGCCGGAGAUGGUAUUCCUGGGAAGGCACUUAGCACUGCUUCUUUGGUGUGGUUAACAGGUGGUCAGGAACUCCAAUUCUACAACUGUGAAAGAGCCAAAGAGGCACGAAUGCAUGGCCUUCAAACCUUGGUCUGCAUACCUACGUGUAAUGGGGUUCUUGAAUUGGGCUCAUCUGAUAUGAUCAGAGAGAACUGGGGCCUUGUCGAACAAGCCAAGUCUCUCUUUGGGUCAGAUCCCGACGGUCUGAUGCCCAAAAAUCCCAAUCCCGCCGCAGCACCCAUCCAGUUACUCGACAUGAACAUUUCUUUUGCUGAUAUGGGCAUAAUUGCAGGAAUACAAGGAGAAGAUGCAGCCCCUAAAGAGAAGUUCGCACAAGAAGACGAAGCAAAGAAAGAGAAUGCUAAAGCAGGCGUGUCCUAUGUGGACUCCGAGCAUUCUGACUCAGACUAUCCUUUAAUUGCAGCGAAUAUAAAUAAAAGAAUCCCGAAGAAAAGAGGGAGAAAACCGGGGCUUGGCAGAGACACGGCACUGAACCACGUAGAGGCCGAGCGGCAGCGGCGCGAGAAGCUCAACCAUCGGUUCUACGCCCUGCGAGCGGUGGUUCCCAACGUGUCCAGAAUGGACAAAGCAUCACUGCUAUCUGAUGCAGUGUGCUAUAUAAAUGAACUGAAGGCCAAAAUAGAUGAACUGGAGUCACUCCUACAAAGAGAGUCCAAAAGGGUGAAACUGGAAGUGGCUGAUAAUACAGAUAAUCAAAGCACAACCACUUCUGUAGAUCAAGCCAGACCUAAUAAUUCUGGUGGAGCUGGGUUUGCACUUGAAAUUGAUGUUAUGAUUAUAGGUAAUGAAGCCAUGAUUAGGGUUCAAUCUGAGAAUGUGAAUCAUCCAGGUGCUAGGUUAUUGGCUGCACUACGCGACCUAGAAUUUCAAGUGCACCAUGCUAGCAUAUCCACUGUUAACGAGCUCAUGCUUCAAGAUGUGGUAGUUAGACUUCCUAAUAAUGGAUUCAGAACUAAUGAGGGCUUGAAAUCUGCACUCCUGGGAAGACUAGAACAAUAAGAUUUACUGUUGUUGAUUGCUAUUAGUUAAUAUGUAAUGGACCUUAUGUUUAAGUUUAAUUCUUGAUUUUCCAUUACUAUAUGUAAGAAACAUACUUGGAGCGUGAAAAAUAGCGUUUGCUGAAAAAUUUCUUAGUUACUAAA